UCGGUGAUCAAUUGUUACUAUAUCUAGCUCCACUUCUUCACUUCUUCGUCACUCUCCCAGUUUGGCAGCAGCACUCUCCCAUCGCCCCAGUCACACUUGCUUUCUCGCCACCUCUCUGUCGCAUCAGCAGCAGUCCACCUUAGCCCCUGCGAUGCCCAACACAACGGUCGUCGACGAAGCCGGCCCCCUUGGUCUUAGCACGGCCACCCUCAGCGCCGGCAUCCUGGGCGCGAUCCUCUUCGCCCUCGUCCUCUUCCGUGCACGUCCCAAUGUCCCGGCAGUGAAGGUGGCGGCCAAAGAAAAGGAGACGGAGUCCCAGACUGAGAUCCAGUCUCUUGACGGCUUCGACUGGACCACCGUCCCGCGCAACGAGUUCCGCCCCUUCAAGCCCAUCUACCACAUCACCAUGGCGCUCCGCAACGUCACGCAGUCCGAGCUCAUUACGAUUGAUGAAGACUACUCCAAGCGCGUUGCUGAGAGGCGGCGUCUCUAUGCCCUGCACGGCAAGAAGGUGCACGGUGUAAUCCCCGACGGGCGAGGUGCUGCCGCAGUGCGGGAACUGUACGAGUACCUGCUGCGAGACCACCUCCCGCGACGCUUCCCAACGAUGUUCAAGCUCUCCCCCGACGGGAAAGAGUUUACGAACCUCACGACUGGCAAGGUGCUCCCUACGUCCGUACCCGUGACGGGUGACGCAGAGGAGGAUGACAAGGCUGCUGAGCAUGCCCUGGGUGGCCUCACCGAGACGGUGGAGGAGGACCUCUUCUUCCUUCAGAAGGUGGGGGACUCGCACCAGUGUAUUGCGUUCUCGUGCUGCUUCCCCUCUGGCUUCGACCCCUCCGAGAAGCUCGGUAAGGGCCUCAGUGCCAUUCACGACCCCGUGCCGAACUACGACCGCAUCGGGCCUUCUAUGGAGCGAUUCUUCUCCAAGAUGGAGGCCGGCAAACCUGUCCGUCGUCUCAACUGGUCGGUGCAGACCCACAACGAGCUGUACAACACAGGCAGCAACCAUAUUCACGAGGACGAGGACAUCGACGCGCUGCAGGAUAAGGUUGACAUCGACAAGACCAACCUCCGCGUCGAGAUGCAGACCUUGAGCCGCCUGCCGGAGACCAACGCACUUCUGUUUAGCUUCAAGACGUACCUCACCCCAGUAACGGACGUGAAGGCGCAGGGCAGUGGGCCGGCAUUUGCAGAUGCCAUUGAAGGCCUCGCGAAGGGCAACGCGCCCGGCAUGUGGCGUUACAAGGCUGCGAUCCGAUGGGGCCCGCCCGUGUGCGAGUACUUGCGGUCGUAGAUGCAGGCGAUGAGGUGAUGAGGCGAAUCAGUAGGCAAGGAUACUGUACGCAGUAGGUACAAGUAGUUAGAAGGGCCAUAGACCGCUUCACAGCAAGCUUUAAUGAAGACGUGCACAAUUG